UCGUGCUGGUUAAUAUUUUUGACCGCGUGUCGACAUAGACAAAAAUUUGGAUUGAAGUUAAUUGAACCAAAAAUAAAGAAACAUUUUCUUGACCAAAAGUAGCCAGAAAUGCGCUGCUCUUUUGAGCUCGAUCGCAACGAUCCCAUAUACUUCGCGGGAGAAAGAAUAAAAGGCCGGGCUCUACUUACAACGAAGUCAACUCUAAGUUUCUACCAGAUUUUUAUACUUUUCGUUGGUGAAGGCAAGGUGCGAUUUCGCGCUUGUGACAAGGGAGAGUCAGCACAUGUGGUAUUCCGGGGCAGGCAGAUAUUCGUCGAUACCCAGACCAAUGUCAUACAAUCCAGAACGCUGCCAGCCGGCACUCACACCGUUUCCUUUGAUAUUUCCGUGCCAUCGGACUGUCCUACGUCGGUGGUGACGGAAUUUGGAAAAAUCUGGUACGAGAUCAAACUUUGCAUCUUGAAGGUCGGUGCACACAACAUCCACAAAUUUAAGAAACCACUGACGGUCCUGCAACCGAGCAAUCUCAACAUGAGACCCGAACUUCUGAUUCCCUUAAUACAAGAGGAUAUCCAGGACUUCUGCUGUUGGCGCUGCGUGUCGGGUUCGGUUUUGUUGACCCUUACAAUACCCUUUGGAGGCUACGCACCCGGCCAGAAGAUCCCCUUCAAGUUGGAAGUCGACAACCAAUCGAGUCGCCGUGAUCUGGUCGGCAUGAAAAUGCGGCUGAAACAGAUCUUUAAACUGAAAGCAAACGAUCCCAAACAUUAUUCAUAUAAGGUAGAGCAUUUCGUGGCAGAAAGUUACCAAAAAGCCAAGGUUCUGAGGCUCUCAAAGAGGAUAAUCGAAGGCACGCUAACUAUUCCUCCAGUACCGCCCUCCUCCCGCAACAAUAAUGACAUCAUAUCGGCACCAUUCCAUUAAUCCAGAGCGCAGAAGAUCCCACGUAUGUGGCAGAGUUGAAUGCCCAAACGGAAGAUCUGCCGCCCAGCUACGACAAUUAUAG